CAUCCUCAAGCGAGCACGAUAUUGACUUGUUGACGAAAGGAGGUAUAGUUUCCGUGGACGAGGCAGUUACAACGGCGACUCUUUCAUUGUCGACUUCGCCAUCAACGCCAGAGGACAACAAGUGCAGUACUGCUUCUAGUAUGAGCACAACAAGUACAGCGACUAAUAUCGGCAGCAAAAACGAAAACCACACAGCAAACUCGAUAAACUUAGCCGAGGGCAACUACACGAGAAACACAGCUGCCGUUCUACAACACUUUAACAAAGUAGAGGUGAUCUCUGGUUUGAAUUUGAUACAGCAGGCGUGCGACCAAGUCCAAGAAAAUGAAGCUCGGUCGGCGGAGGGAAUACGUGUUAACGUUCCCCGACGAACAGCCGCUUCACCUCGUCCUGCUCACGCGCAAAUGCAGUUGCCUCUCGCUGGUGCCCAUCUUCGUUUCAAUGGAAAUGUCGGAGAAACCGAUGUAAGUGAUGUUUCCGAGAGCGAAAACGCUUCGAUUUAUUUCCGACGUGGCUGCAAGGAUCCACCUCCACCUCUGCUAGCGCUACCUGGUAUAAGAAGAAGUGGAGCGAGAGACGAGUCAAAAUUUGGACCAUUUGAAGGCGAGCAAGAGAAUCACGAUACCUCACCAACUACACAGGUUACUUCAUGGUCGUCCUGUAGCACCACUGCAGGAGGACAAAAAGACGUGUACAAAAACUCGGCUACAUCGUCUACAACCAUCACAUCUUUCAGCAAUGUGGUGGUUCAAACCUCGCAUAAGCCACCUGGGCCAGGCCUCAUGCUCGACGUUCCGAGUGAGUCGCCGCCGCGACUGCCUUUGAGGCAAAUAUCAUUGAAGCCAGAUAUGGAAUUGUUGAAGCAGAUAGAAUGCGUAAAACCACACGAAAAUAACUCAUCUGCUAGCUAUGUUUUAACAUCUUCAACCAUAUCCUCGUCUGUCUUGCCUAAAGUAGAGCCGAACCAGAUUUGCGGUUCUGGCAUAGAAGAAGCUCCUCCUGAUGUAGUAAAGGAAAUGCAGCAAGAACAAAAAGUAGAACCGCGGCUAAAUGUCAACAUGAACGAUCAACAUCAACUGGUUGUUCAGAAUGAUCUUUACAAGCAACUGCGCAGUGCAUCUACGUCGUCGAUGCCUCUACCUGGUGCUCCUGGAGCAGGACAGACGGUAGGAUGCCAGAGGAACAAGAAUGUUCACCUGCAAGUCCUUGAUGGAGCAAGUUGUUCACUAGAUCAACAACUUGCACUGCGUCAGGAAAUACUAGAUCCUGAACAUCCUCAGGAAGGCGAAGCGGAGGUUCGCAUCGAUGUGGGAGAUUUCCUGCGAUUUCUGAAUCGUGAGGACUGCUCCUCCGUUCGCAGGGAGCUAGAGAAAGAAUGGCUCGCAGAAGUUGGGUCUCUUCGUGCCUUAUCCUAC